AAUGUUAUUUUGUUAUUCCUUCAAACAGAUGUUUUAUAAAUUGUUACUCUCAAGUGAGACUAACACUUCUUUGUGUUUCAACAACAAAAUGUAAGUAUAAAAGGCCGUACGUUAAUUAAGAUUAUCAUUUAAUUGCUAUUAAUCCCGGAGAUGACAAUAUGUCGCUAUUUGGAUUAUUAUUAGCUCUAGCGAUUUUUACUAAAAUGUUACUAAGCCAACGGGUCGAAGUGGCGAAUACUAUACAGCAGCCUUUAAAUGUUGAAACCAAUUAUCGCAACAUGCGCUUGCGUCUUAAUAAAAGCCAUGUUGAUGGUGUGAACGAGGGAACAGUGCGAGAAGGACGCGUAGAAGUAAGUUUUGAUUUAGGUCAGUCAUGGGGCACUAUUUGCGGUACGUAUUGGAGCUUUCGCGAAGCGAAUGUAGUUUGUCGUCAGUUAAAUUUGGGUUAUGCCGUCUCGACAGUGCAAUCGCUCACUUAUGGCGAUAGUAAACGAUAUCCUUGGAAAAUGGUAGGCACUUUAUGUCGCGGCACCGAAGCCAGCUUAAGGGAUUGCUUUCGCGAAAAAGAUUAUCCAAAGUUUUGCGAUUCGUCUAAUACCAAACUGGCGGUUGUAAGAUGCGUUGAAAAACUGUCAGACUUGAAUUUGGAUUUAGCAGUUACCGAGAUGUCUGCUUUCUUGGAUACCAGGCCUUUAUCUAAUCUAACAUGCGCUAUGGAGGAGAAAUGCUUAGCGCCAGAUGCAUACGAAAUUCGAACUUCUCAACCCGACGCCGAACGUAAACUGUUACGUUUCUCCACGCGAGCAGAGAAUGUGGGCACCGCUGACUUCAAUCCCUAUGCAAACUAUGCAAAUUGGCAAUGGCAUCAGUGUCAUGAGCAUUAUCAUAGCAUGGAAACAUUUGCUACAUUUGAUAUUUACGAUAGACAUUAUAAGAAACAAGCUGAGGGUCAUAAAGCUUCGUUCUGUCUUCGCGAUACUGGUUGUAGGACGGGUAUAACACCGCGAUAUACUUGUGGCAACGUGACUCAGGGCAUUACAGUUGGUUGCUGGGACACGUACAAUACUCAACUUGAUUGUCAGUGGCUCGAUGUAACAAAUUUAGCAAAGAACAAUACUUACAUAUUACGUGUAGCGCUUAAUCCUGAUUAUCUAAUCGGCGAAAUGUCUUAUGAAAAUAAUGGAGCUGAAUGUUUGCUAUAUUAUACGGGCAAUCAAUCGACUACAACACUAUCCCAAUGUGUGAGGGCGCCUUUAUGGUUUGCUAAUUAAAAAAGAUAUUUUCCAAAUCGAUUUUCCAAAAAAGUUCUGAAAUUGAAUAAAUGAAGUCAUUUUUUACUUUUUGAAAUAUUUUUUUUAUUAUUUAGUUAUUCUCUUAAACACAGCAUUUCUUCGUACGUACGUAAUUAUGUAAUUGUUCUUUCAUGUUUUAUAAUACAAAACUUCUAUGCCUUUAAAUUUGAUAUAAAUACAAAUAUAUUUUAAUUCUUCUUCAUCUUCUCGCCGCGAGAAGUUUAAAAAAAAAAAAAAAAAAAAUUGUUUUUGACCAAUCAAAGAGACACUUUUAACUAAAUCCAAGUUAAAUCUGGAGAUAAUAUUUGCAAGGUUAGCGAGGAAAACCCAUUAUCCUACUCAUUACUUUCUAUUCAUGUCUUCUGGGAGAUCUCUGUAGAGCGUUUGCGUCAAUUAUGUGUAGAAAGUGCAGUUAUUAUCACUUAGCUAUUCUAUCUAUCUUGAUCUAUGCGUCAGAUGAGGUCUUUUCGAGGUUAUGUUUUGAUAUAUUUUUUAUUUAUUUUUGAGAUUUUAACUUUUCAAAUCCUACUUACUAUCAUAGAAAAUUACCGACCUCACGAAUAUUUAUUGUAAAUCGGUUCACGACCAUUUUAUUCUAAAGUGCGAUCCUUACAAUCUCUUAGAUAUGCAAAACAUACGGAACUCUUAUGAAAAAAAAACCAAUCCAUUCACAUUACAGUUUUCCUGCAUCGUUUAGAUGCAUCGGCAGAUGCCUGGAAUAAGGCCUGAGAGUAUUGCUCUCGCCGUACAUAGCAUUAUAAAAUUUCCCAAUUUAUCGAUUGCGUCUCAUUGUCCGAAGAUGGAACUAUUUACUGAAAAACAGUGCAGUCUCGGAGGAACGAUUUGCACCAGUUGCCUAAAAAGGCCAACUUCUCGAUCGAUUUAUUGAAACAAGAGAUGGGUGAAGGAUGCUUCACGGUAGAUAUUCAUUUGAAGGAUAAGAAUCGACAUUUGGUGUGCACUGUAUCUUAGUUACCUAAUCACAUUUUAUUCAGUUUUUACCUCAUUGGAACGAUAUAAAAAUGAUCAACAAACGUUUAUUCAGAAUUUCACUAUAUUCCUUUGGCUUUUAAUAUAUUUUGUAUAAUCUUACAAUAGGCCACGGUCUGCAAUUAAACACUUCGCGUAAUUUAUAAUAUAUUUAAGAACCGCAUUUAUAUACUAUAUAAAAGGACCUUUCACGAUGUUUGGAUAGUGGUCGAAAAAAUGGUCUGACCGGAAUCAUUAUCGGUAGACUUCACGCCAGAGUAUAAAAUUUCAUCCUGUAGGCUUACACAAGAAUGUAUGGCGAAUAGACGGACAGAUAGACAGACAAGCAUAGAUCUAAUAGAAGGUGGUGUAUCUCAAGUCGUUUUUCAAGUCCUUUCGUCUGUUAUACGCAUAUGUACAACUACCGGUGCUGAGUAUAAAAAGGAAUUUAUCUUAUUAUUAGCAUUCAUCACUUAGUGUAAAAAAAUAUGGAUUGCUAUCCAUCGACUGGGAGAAGUUUUACUCAGUUUUAAAGUUUAACGCAAACGAACGGACAAACGGAAACUAUUGUGGAGUUUUACUGCCUUUCAAUAAUCAAUUCAACCAAUUUCUGUAAAACAUUAAUUGCACCGAUUUCAUCUAGAAAUUUUACUAUAUAAUUCACUCAGAUAUAGCGAAAGAGAGUGUGGAGUGUUACAAAAGAGAUAAUAAAUGGUAAUUAAUCGCUCAUAGUUACAGCCCUGCUCUGAGCACCAUCGCAGACACAAGUCACAAGUAAUGAGGCUUCUAUGCUUUCUAUGCUUUCUUUGACCUAACGCACUUCAUUCGUAAUGCAAUUUAUACUGAAGAGUUUGUUGUGACUAUUGCUCAUGGAUAUCAAAAUUGAAAUAAAAUCACCAAAAACUAUGACAAGCAAAUAAAUGCUUUUCUCUUAUAACUGCUGAGCAGUCGCAACAGAAUGCGGUCAUAAGGCGGUUUUUUGUAAGGGUUUUAAGUGGGAACUGUUUCGCUUCCGAAUUCCAAGCUUUAAGAAAUACAUACUUCCUUACCUUCAUUGUAGCCCCAAUAUAUUUUUAUUUUCAAAAUGCAAAUAAACAGGCGGAGAUAUCAUUUGUCCUAUCUGAGAAGAGUUGUAUUUUCUAAAGAUUUCUAUUCGCCUCGAUUACUACUUGAUAAAAUUUUAUAUAUAUCCUUCGGUGAGAAUAACGAUAUUAUCUCAUUAAGUAACGGGGGAUAAAUAAAAGUUUAUAUGUGAAGAAGUUGUAAUUUAUUCUCGAUUCGCGAUACAAUUCGUUCGAAAAAUUUUUUAUGCAUCUUUUAUUUUUCACUUAUCAUUAUUGACUACAUCACUAAACAUAUAAAUUUGC